AUGGCCGAGCUUCAAACAGCCCCCCCAAAGGAGGCCGAGACUACGUUGGAUGAAGUCGAAUCCGUCCACGGCCAUCCGGUAAUUCGCAAUGGCGAGGAUGUUUCGAAAUAUAUCGUCUCUCUCCAAGACGACGGCGAUCCAUCACUGACCUUCCGUGGGAUAGUGUUGGGCACCUUGUUCACAGCCUUCUCGAGCGUGAUCACCAUGCUGUAUACCUUCAAGCCCUAUGAGGAGACUGUCUCAGCCGUGUUUUUGCAAUUGUUGAUUUACAUCUUUGGCGAGGCCUGGGCACUGGCAACUCCCCGCCCUGACCGGUUCUCCUCCUUGUGGAUGCAAAAGAUACUCCGGUUUGUCAACUCUGGUCAACCGUUCGGCCUCAAGGAACACGUUGUGGCCUCACUGAUCGCCUCAUCCGGCAACAAUGGCCUCUCCGGCGUAGAGAUCUACGCCGUGGAGCGGUUGUUCUAUAACCGGGCCGUAUCUGCCACGACGGCGGUCCUGGGUACCUUUUCCAUCUCGCUGUGCGGCUUCAUUCUGGCCGGGCUCCUGCGGCCGCUGAUCGUGUACCCCGCCGAGAUGGUCUACUGGACGACGUUACCGCAGGUCGUGCUGUUCCAAAAGCUGCACGUCAACAAGAACUCAGCAGAGAACAAAGACCGGCUGCGCAAGUUCGGCUGGGCGUUGGGACUGUCGGCCCUGUGGGAGUUCUUCCCCUCAUACAUUGUGCCCUGGUUCGGGGGCAUCUCCGUCUUCUGCCUGGCGUCGAUGAAGGCGCCCUUGCAUCUCCGGAGGGUGUUUACCACGCUCUUUGGGGGGGUCUCAUCCAACGAGGGGAUGGGUAUCUUCAAUUUCAGCCUGGACUGGCAGUACAUCCAAAGCACGUAUCUAUCGCUGCCGAUCAAACAGCAGCUGAACAGUUGGAUAGGGUACGCCAUUUGGUAUGUUGCCAUGCCGACGCUGUAUUACCGCAACGCCUGGAACGCCCGAGCCCUCCCAUUCAUGUCCACCUCGCUCUUCCUCAGCAACGGCACGCAGUUUGAGGCCACGGCGGUGCUCAACGCCGGCGGAACCGUCGACUACACCCUGCUCGAUGGUCUGGGGACCCCCUUGAUGACGUCCAGCACGGUCUGGGGCUACAUCGCCAUGAACCUGGCCAUCGGCGCGCUCAUCUCCCACGUCCUCAUCUUCUACGGGAAAGACAUGUGGACCGCCUGGAAACAGGCCCGGGCCCGCUCGCAGCCCGACCCUCACUACCAGGCGAUGCUGCGGUACAAGGAAGUGCCCAUGUGGUGGUACUGGGCUCUGUUCGGGCUGGCCUUUGUCGCAGGGCUCAUCGUCAACAUCAAGGGCCAGACCACCCUCCCGGUCUGGGGGUAUAUCGUUGCGUUGCUGCUGGGGGCGUUUCUCGCCCCCUUCUCGUGCGUGCUGUACGGCCUCUACGGGACGGGCGUCAGCACCAACCAGCUCUCCAAGAUGGUCGCGGGGGCCCUCCAUCCCGGGCGUCCGCUGGCCAACCUCUACUUUGCCAGUUGGUCGCACCAGGUCAUCCUGCUGGCUGUCAACCUCGCCAACUGGCUCAAGGUCGGCCAGUACACCAAAGUGCCGCACCGGGUCAUGUUCGCCACGCAGAUCUACGGCACUCUGCUGGGCGCUGCGUUGAACUAUGUCGUGAUGACCGUGAUUGUCAGUCACAAGCGCGACAUUCUUCUCAGCGCCACGGGAAACGCCGUCUGGAGCGGCUCGACCAUGCAGAGUCUGAACGCCCAAGCCAUUACCUGGGCACUCGCACGACAGGUGUAUGGGUUUGCAGGCCGCUACUGGAUCGUGCCCCUUUCGUUGGUGAUUGGAUUGGCGUUGCCUGUCUGUCACUGGGCGUUGAUCAAGCUCGUCCCCAGAGUCGGGGACUGGCAUCUCAAUACAGCCAUCAUCACCGGCUACGCCGGGAUGGUCUACUACGGGAACACUUCAUGGGUGCCCUCUUCGAUUGUGGUGGGUGUGUUCUCGCAGCUCUGGCUUCGGCGGAGGCUGCCACGGAUCUAUAAUCAGUAUAACUAUCUUAUUGGGGCGGCAAUGGACGGUGGAUCGCAGAUUGUGAUUUUCAUUCUCUCCUUUGCCGUCUUUGGCGCCAGUGGAAGGGAGCGUGCGUUUCCCACUUGGUGGGGGAAUCCGACAGGGUAUGCAGAUCAUUGUGUGAGUACUUGA